UAAACCAAAAGAGGGCGAAGCAUACGCAAGACUCCCUCCCUCCAUUGUUGUGUUUUACACUGGAUGGACUGACUGUGACUGUCAAAGACCUUGCUGGGUUUUGCUGGGAUUUUGUUCUGAACCCGGUAAGCCUCUUUUUCCAGCAAUUUUGAGCUUCGGUUUCUUCAUCGAGUUGUAAUUUACUCUUCAUAAUCAUGGCGGUUCCUUUGAGCCGGCUUCUCUUGCCACUGUUAUUGUUCUUCUGUUUCUCUGCUUUCAUCCAUGGCGGUUCCGGUCUGAAAGCCGACGGGAUGACUCUGUUGUCACUUUUGAGCCACUGGACUGCUGUGCCUCCAGCUAUCAGCCUGAGCUGGAACGCUUCCGACCCGACUCCUUGUUCCUGGGUCGGGGUCCAAUGCUACUCCAAGACCCACCUCGUGGUCGCUCUGAAUGUCUCGAAUUACCAAAUCUCUGGCCAACUGGGGCCGGAAAUAGCCCGCUUGACACAGCUGCGGUCUAUUGAUUUCCGCACAAAUAACUUCUCCGGUCCAGUUCCCCGGGCCUUGACCAGUUGUAGCCUUCUCCAAUACCUGGACCUAUCGGAGAACGGCUUUUCCGGAUCCAUACCCGACACCAUUGGGAACUUGCAGAAUUUGCAGUACCUAUGCCUUUAUUCCAAUUCCCUGUCAGGAGAAAUACCCAGUUCUUUGUUUUCAAUUCCCCAUUUGGACAGUGUUUACCUGAACAUGAACAAGCUUAAUGGUUCCAUCCCGGCAAAUGUUGGCAACUUGAGUGAGUUAUUAUUCUUAUAUCUAUACGAGAAUAAUCUAUCAGGGACCAUUCCUUCUUCCAUAGGCAAUUGUAGUGCCUUGGAAGAGCUUUAUUUGACCAGUAAUCAACUUGUUGGGGCUCUGCCAGAUAGCUUGAACAAUCUUGAGAAUCUUGUGAUAUUGGAUGUCAGUAAGAACAGGCUAGAGGGUAAAAUUCCUUUGGGUUUGGGUAGCUGUAAGAAAAUGGGUAAUUUGACCUUGUCCUUUAACCAAUUCAGCAGUGGGAUUCCACGCGGGCUGGGCAAUUGCAGUAGCUUACGCUCUCUGUCUGCUAUCAAUUGUGGGUUAACUGGUCCUAUCCCCUCGUCUCUUGGUUUACUCACUAAGCUAUCUACGCUUUUCCUCAGCGAGAACAAUUUAUCCGGGAGGAUACCACCCAAGCUUGGCAAUUGCAGAUCUCUGAAUGAUCUGCGAUUGCAUAGCAACCAACUUGAAGGGGAGAUUCCGAGUGAAUUUGGGAGGUUAAGUGGGCUGCAAAGCCUUUACUUGUAUGAGAACAGGUUGAGUGGCGAGAUUCCCAUAAGCAUUUGGAAGAUCCAGAGCCUUGAGAAUCUCCUUCUGUAUAGAAAUAAUCUUUCUGGGCAACUGCCUCCAGAGAUCACAGAGCUAAGGCAGUUGAGAAACAUUUCUUUAUUUGACAACUGGUUUUCUGGAGUCAUACCGCAAGGUUUGGGAAUAAAUAGUAGUUUGAUCCAGGUGGAAUUUACCAACAACUCAUUCACUGGUGAAAUACCACCAAACCUUUGCUUCAACAAGCAAUUGAGGCUACUGAUCCUGGGUUUCAAUCGUCUUGAAGGCAGUGUCCCUUCUGAUAUAGGAAGUUGUUCAACUCUCAGAAGAUUGAUUCUCCAACAUAAUAACCUCACCGGAGUUCUUCCGGAAUUUGUGAAGAAUCCAAACCCUCUUUACAUGGAUCUUAGCAACAAUAGCUUGACUGGAAGAAUUCCCUCUAGCUUUGGUAACCUCACCAAUAUUACCUCGGUUAACUUGGCGAUGAAUAGGCUCACAGGGUUUUUGCCUCCCGAGAACCUUGUGAAUCUUCAUUACAUGAAUCUUUCUCACAAUUAUUUGGAAGGUCCAUUGCCACCUCAACUGUCAAACUGUACCAAAUUGUUGAAAUUGGAUUUGGGUUAUAAUUUCUUACAUGGCUCCAUCCCUCCUAGUUUGGAAAGCUUGACCAGGUUGUCCAUUCUAGUGCUAAGUGGGAAUCAUUUUACUGGGGGUUUCCCUUCGUUCUUGUUUGAAUCCAAAUCGCUCUUAAAUAUACAGCUUGGCGAAAAUUUAUUGGGCGGGGUUAUCCCCUCAUCAAUUGGACCAGCACAGAACCUGCAAGAAUUAAAUCUCAGCAGCAAUGGACUGACAGGUCAUAUUCCUGCAGAAGUCAGAAAUUUGGUUAUGCUCGAGCUAUUAGAUCUAUCUUUCAAUAAUCUGACUGGAACUUUGGAACAUAUUGGUGAACUUCAGUCAUUAACUGAGGUCAAUGUCUCUCACAAUUACUUCACCGGAUCCAUUCCAAAAACAUUGAUGAAGCUUCUCAAUUCUUCCCCGUCUUCAUUCCUAGGUAAUCCGGGGCUUUGUGUCAUUUGUCCAACAAGUGGCUAUGCUUGCACUGGGGACAGCAUUUUCAAAACUUGUGACCCUAAGUUGAUCAACCGUAAAGGUCUUAGUAGAUUACAAAUUGCAAUGAUAGCCCUGGGAUCAUCAGUUUCUGUUGUUUUUGUGGUCCUUGGGCUGGGAUUUGUUUUGUUAAUCUGGCUAAGAAGGCCAAGAGAAGGAGCUGAGAUCUCUCCAUGUACCAAGCUGAUCAACAGAAUAAUGGAAGCAACUGACAACCUAAAUGAGAGGCAUAUUGUUGGGAGAGGAGCCCAUGGAACUGUUUAUAAGGCUUUGGUUCAAGAGAAGGUGUAUGCAGUGAAAAAGCUUGUAUUUGCAGGGCUGAAGGGAGGAAAAGCAAGCAUGAUUCGGGAAAUCCAGACUGUUGGGAAGGUUAGACACCGAAACCUAGUCAAAUUGGAAGAUUUUUGGUUGAAGCAAGACUAUGGUUUAAUAUUGUAUGAUUACAUGCCAAAUGGAAGCCUUUACGAUAUUCUUCAUGAGAAGAAGCCACCGCCAACUUUGGAAUGGAGUGUCCGCUUCAAUGUAGCAAUGGGAACUGCCCAAGGAUUGGCAUAUCUCCAUCAUGACUGUAAUCCUGUUAUUGUGCACUGCGAUAUCAAACCGAUGAACAUACUUUUGGACUCCGAAAUGGAGCCUCACAUCUCUGACUUCGGCAUUGCCAAGCUUCUCGGUCAAUCUUCUGCUUCACCUGCAUCCAGCAGGGUCCCAGGAACCCUUGGGUACAUUGCACCAGAAAACGCAUUUACAACGAAGAAAAGCACGGCGGCUGAUGUGUACAGUUAUGGGGUUGUUCUACUGGAGCUGAUCACCAGAAAGAGGCCUUUGGAUCCUUCAUUCUUGGAGGAACAGGAUAUUGUAGGAUGGGUUAGAUGUGUCUGGAACCAUGCUAAAGAAAUACAGGGGAUUAUGGAUCCUGGCUUACUGCACGAAUUUUUGGAUUCAAGCAUCAUGGAACAAGCGAUCAAUGUGCUUUUGGUAGCCUUGCAGUGCACAGAAAAGGAGCCAAGCAAAAGACCAACGAUGAGAGAUGUAGUGAAGCAACUAGAAGAUGCAAAACCGACAACACGUACGAAGCAGCAAGAACAGGUAGCUUUUCAGAGCUUUGGUGGUUCCAUCACCUCUCACUGGUAAUCCCUUUCUGCGAUGAAAGUUUCUCAUCAUCAGAAAGAAAAAGAUGUAGUGUAGAUUGUAGAUGAGAUGCCCCUCAGUUAAGUUGCUCUGCAAAAUUUGCUUAUUUCUUUUGCCCCAGUUAGGUGUAAUUGUUCUUGAGUCUAGUCCUUUUAUGUAGAUAUCUGUAGUGCAUCUGAUGUAUCUGCAUAGAUGUAAAUACCCUGGAAAUGGAGAUUCAAUUCUUAAAUGACAAAGAUUUACAAAAUAAGCAACAACAUGACGAUAUGCC